UAUUUCCUACAUUAUCAGCUUAGGUUUACGUUCUUCUCUCUCAUUGUAAUACCUACCUAGCUUUUUGUUGCAUGCGCAGAGGCUAAAAAUGGAGUUCCAUGUCCCAUGCAUUCUUGCUUUCCUCGCCUUUGCACUUGUGGUAAGCCAUGCGGCCCUCCCACCUGAACUUUACUGGAAAAAUGUGCUGCCCAACACUCCUAUGCCAAAAUCUGUCAGAGAUCUUCUACACCCAGACUUGGUGGAGGACAAGAGCACUGCUGUUGCUGUAGGGAAGGGUGGUGUAAAUGUUGAUGCAGGAAAAGGAAAGCCUGGAGGAACUGAUGUAAAUGUAGGAAAGGGUGGUGUAAAUGUUGAUGCAGGAAAAGGAAAGCCUGGAGGAACUGCUGUCAAUGUAGGAAAGGGUGGAGUGAAUGUAAACUCUGGGAAAGGAAAGCCAGGCGGCGGCACCCAUGUCAGCGUGGGACGCAAAGGUGUUGGUGUUAACACCGGAAAGCCUGGGAAGGGAACCCAAGUUGGUGUUGGCAAAGGCGGAGUGUCGGUGGGCACAGGACACAAGGGCAAGCCCGUAAUUGUUGGGGUACACCCCGGGCCAAACCCAUUCUUAUACAAGUAUGCGGCAACCGAGACUCAACUACACCAUGACCCAACUGUAGCCCUUUUUUUCUUGGAGAAAGACAUGCAUCCAGGAAAAAUGAUGAACUUGCAGUUCACUGAAAAUACUAACACAGCAACUUUCUUACCUCGCCAGGUUGCUGAUUCAAUACCCUUUUCAUCUAACAAUUUGCCAGAAAUCUACAGAGAGUUUUCAGUGAAACCUGGUUCAACAGAAGCUGAGGUAAUGAAGGAAACAAUCAAGGAAUGUGAAAACCCUGGAAUUGAAGGAGAGGAGAAAGAAUGCGCAACUUCACUGGAGUCAAUGAUCGACUUCAGCACUUCCAAACUAGGAAAGAAUGUUCAGGCAAUCUCCACAGAAGUGGAAAGCCAAACUCAGAUGCAAAAGUAUACAAUUAAGACCGGAGUAAAGAAGAUGGCAGGAGACAAAUCUGUGGUGUGCCACAAGCAGAACUAUGCAUACGCCGUCUUUUACUGCCAUGCAACACAAACCACGAGGGCUUACACGGUUCCAUUGGAGGGUGCUGAUGGAACAAAUGCUAAAGCUGUAGCAGUGUGCCACACAGAUACAUCUGCAUGGAACCCAAAGCAUUUGGCUUUCCAGGUGCUCAAUGUUAAGCCAGGAACCGUACCAGUCUGCCAUUUCCUUCCUCAGGAUCAUGUUGUGUGGCUUCCCAACUAGGACUCUGGACCCCAGUCAUUUCGCCUCUCUUCAGUCCACGGUGGCUGAAAUUGGAAUGUUGUAUACUUACAUAUCUAUUCGGUUAUCACAAUAAUACACCUAAAACCCACUACAAAAGGUCAUGUAUAAUAUAAGGAUUGCCGUAGAUUCAGUGAAUCACGGUGUUUAUGAUUAGUUAACAUCUACUUCUGCUGCUAUUUUCCUA